UUACGUACCGUACCAUCACAAUUGUCUGCUUUGAGUUUGACCCGAACUAUCAAAGAGUUACCCUGCGAGUUAUACUCGCAUUAAAAACAUUCGUUUUCCGAAUAGUUACGAGAUGGAGAAAGAUCACUUCAAGGAUGCUAUUCGCGUUGGAGAGAUCGAUGGAAUGUGGUCAUUUUUGUCUCACAUUGACUGGUCAGAACCUUGGCUCAUCUCACUGAUAGCUUUCCAUCUAUUCUGCCUCAUCAUCACCAUAAUCACUAGGAGAUAUAACAACUUCCAGAUCAUCCUAUUUCUCAUUAUGUUAUUAAUGAUCUACCUGUCAGAAUAUCUGAACCAGUAUGCUGCCAAACACUACAGAAUGUUCUCUCGACUACAGUAUUUUGACUCUGGAGGCCUCUUCAUUUCUGUUGUUUACAAUGUUCCUUUACUUAUCAAUUGUCUUGUUAUGAUUUGUAUAUGGUUACACACAGCAGCACACAUGGUGGUGUCUGUAAAAAGAGGAAAGCUGAAGGAAAAGGCCAAAUCCCAGGAAGUGCAGUCCUCAGAAACAGAAGAUCAGCCGGUUGAGAAGGAUGAAGACAGUAAAAAGAAAGACUGAAGAGAUCUGUCUCUCAAAUACUGAAUUCCAUGCUCGCAUCCUUGCUUGGUGGAUUCAGACGCAGGUCAUCACGGCAGGAAUAAUCAGUCAGUCAUGGAAGAAGCUUUCUGGAUUUGUGAAGAACUCUCUCAGGCUGGAAACUCAGAAGUUGAACACUGCCCUCUCUGGUCACCUAUCUGUACAACAUGAGAUAAACAAGACAAUGUCAAAGCAAAAGGUUAUAUGUACAUACAUGUAGAAAGCAACGAAAUGGCCUUUAUUUUUGUAACCAUGAAAAGUACUAUUUUGUAUAUUUGCUAGUGUCGUGGAGAGACUUCAUGAAGAAAUAUUCUCUUUGAAUAUUGCAUGCAACACUUGCCAUUGUGAGUGCUAUGACUUUGGCACUCCUUGAAAGUUUAUUAGAAGACAAAUGGUUUUAAUCACCACAUUUACAAGCUGUAUUUUGAUUUAUAGAGCUGCUUGAGCCUGAAGUUAAAAAGGUGGUGUUUAAAACCAUGGCUUGAGAUCAAAGUGCAAACAAGUUGAGUUUAAAACUUACAUUCAGAAAGGGUACAUUAUUGAAAGAACAGUGUUUUAUGAAAUUGUGCUAACUUUAUGUUUGUUACUAGUUGGUUGUACACAAUUUUGUAAAGAAUGCCCCACUUUGUACAAUUUUAUUUCAAUUCUGCCAUUGAUUCCAACCAUAAUCAAGCAUUCUCUGACAAAUCAUGACAGACCUGAUCAAGUAUAAUCUGCAUAGACCACAGUUUCAAACUAUAUGUUAUUUGGGGCCAUAAAGUGCAGUUUAGGAUUAAUCCACAUAAUUCCACUCCCAUUGGAAAAUCUCAAAGUGGGCAAGACUUUCCAAAAAAGGGCAGCAAGCGCUACGCUACCUAGA